AUGUCUGAAGAAGAUAGAUAUCUUGUGCAAAGUCGGACUGAUACUCAUCGAUCCAAUAGCGUUUCGCCACUUCCCAACAAUCCUAUCAAUGAGAAGUCUUGGGAUCUCACUUCAAAUCAGAACGCUCAAUACGUGGAUGAUCAGUUUGUAACCCCACCACAAGGUCUUAGCCUAGAUGAAAUCUGUUGGCGACAUGAUUUGUUGCGUGAAUCUCGGUUGAAUUCGCCGCCCAAUCAAGCUACCACACAGCCCAUAUAUGACGGAACCUCACCUUCUUUUGGCCCCAACCAUCCUUUUUCAACUCCCAUUUCUGAUCCGUUGUCCUUCCCUUCUUUUCAGGACAAUGACUUUCAAUAUGGUCCCGAUACUUAUCAGGGUGAUUAUUCGUCUCCGUCUGCUGUUUACUCGGGGUUCACUGGUCACCCAAUCCACCAGGGAGGAUCAAAUGUAUUACAAGAGCCUGACGUCAAUGCUUGGACCGGUCAAACAUCUCAUUCCGGUGAAAUCAUACCUUCUGGUUCGUUCAACGAUAUCUUGCCAUGGCAACCAGAACUAUCAUUAGGAGCGGAACAGUAUAUGGUCCACUCAAACGUAGGGCCAGGGGGUUCGCAUGUCACACGGCUCAGUCCCUUCAAUACAGCCAUAAACGGAUCAAAUCCUUGCAAGAAGGCGAUAUAUACGCACGGAUUUGUUGACAAGAGGGGAAAACUAUUCGGUCCUUCAGACAGAAGAUCAUGUAGUGAGUGCGAAGCUUACUUUGAAUGGAAAGAUUUACCUCAAGAGGUCCAGGGAGAAGGAUUAGGUACAGCGGAGUCAUCAGUCAAGGUGAGAGAUAAUUUCUGA